AUGCCAGUCGCUCUAGAGCUGAGAACAGAUACCGAGCAUCCCGACACCCUCACCGCAUCGUCAGAAUGUCCAGAUAUCUACGAAGAAACCAUGCCUGGCAACCCGCCAUAUCUGCUCGUUACCAUCAACGAUCCCGAAACCCUCUCAGUCCUAGGCAAAAAGCUAGCCACAUCAGACGCCGACAUCCGCAUCCUCAAGCCGCAGUCUUCACGCAAGUCCGCCGACGACUGCUUCUCACUUCCCGUCACUGCAAUCAGAGUGCUGCAAAUCGGGAUAUCUCCGCUCGUCUCCUCCGAUGGUCUUCUAAACGACGGUGACACCUACGGCCCAUUGAUGACUCCCUUCAUCCAAAGCUGGCGCGACGCAUUCCACUGCGAGCACAUCAUCAAGCCGCCGUCCUCGCCUCCCACACCGAUGUGCUUCCCUGUCCCAAAGUCGCCAUGCUCAUCAAACUGCACGCGCAGUAUCUACUCCGCGAAGCCUCAACUCCCCUUAGCUUGGCUCAAGCGACAAGAAAACCUGCAUCAGCAUCCAUUCAUCUGCCCCGUCUGCAUCGAAGAUCGCAUACGCAGCCAGUACCCGCGAUAUUUCGAGGACCAUCAGAAGAACCCAGCGGCCUCGCAGAAGGUGACGGACGACGUAGAGACGAACGUGCAGCUCUGGACGUACGAAGCGGUGCUAGAAGCAGUAGAGAGAGGAGGUAGGGUAUGUGAAGCAGAAGAUAAAGCAGGUAUCUUCCGCAUCAAGUACCUUGAGGGGUUCAAGGCUUUGACGCAAAGAAGAAACACAUUGGUUACGGUUUGGGAUACAAGAGAUGUACGCCAAGAGAUUGAAGUUGAGGAGCAGAACAUGAUCACGCCCGAUGAAGAUGCAGAGAUGGACGACUUAGCUGAGCAGCUUUUGGACGCAAAAAUCGCGACUGCACAAGACAGCGCAGUUGAUGAUCUUAUGGAGGGUGUGUCAAGAUUGUAG